AUGUCGCUCGACUCGAUUCCCAAGGAUAUGAGAUCCGCAAGAGCAUGUCUUGUGUGUUCGUUAAUUAAGUCUUUUGAUCAGUUUGAAAUUGAUGGCUGUGACAAUUGUGAUGAAUUUUUGAGAUUGAAAAACAACCGUGAGCACGUAUAUGAUUGUACUAGUUCAAAUUUUGAUGGAAUGGUUGCACUUAUGAGCCCUGAAGACAGUUGGGUUGCUAGAUGGCAAAAAAUCAAUAGAUUUACAAAAGGCAUUUAUGCUAUUUCUGUUGCUGGUCGAUUACCUCCAAAUUUUGUAAGGGAAAUGAAGGCCAGAGGUAUACCGUAUCGUCCUAGAGAUACAACAUUCAAAUAA